GCUUUGUUAGCGCGAUCGAGCUAUAGCUAGAGACUGUAGUAAAGCAGUAGAACUCUUUAUACAUUAACCAUUAACGUUAGUCCCAUUAACGUAACAUUAGCUACCUAGCUUGCGGUAUUUUAGUUUGCUAAUGUUAAUGUUACAUUACGUCGAAGAUGCUAUUCAGAUUCAGCAAACCCGCCAGGUCACAACCAGUUUAGCUAGCUAGCUAGCUGUGUUUAGACUGUUUUUAGAAUCUUGACCAGCUUCGCAGAAUUUAGCGACCAUAUGAAUUGGCCACUGCUACAAACUAGCUGAUAAAGGAAGACUGGGCCUCUCGCAAAGGCAAUAAGGACAAUGGACAGUCGCGGGAAGAGAAGGGGGGAGGAUGGCUUGGCUGCUGUUAUUGACUUCCUUCUAGCAAAUGCCCGCUUGGUGCUCGGGGUCGGGGGAGCAGCCAUUCUGGGGAUAGCCACGCUGGCUGUGAAGCGGCUGAUUGAGCGUGCUGGCAGAGCCCCAGAUGAUGAGAAACCAGACCAGAAGACCGUCGACGGCUGGGAGGAGCUGAGCCUGGUCAGUUCGUCCCCAAAGCUCCUGAGGAAAGGCAUUGAGGGUGUGGUUAUGAAGCAGAUCGCUGCUGCUACCAAAACUCAGAAAGCCGAGUUGUCCAAGCCCUCCAGUGCUACUGCAGAGAAGCCCAAGGUUGAAGUGAAGAGGCUCCAGCUGUGUGUUAGCCCUCAGGAGAGGCUGAAGCAGUACUACGAGUCUCAUGUAGCUCUAUCUGCAGAUGAAGUGAGUCGAGCUCAGCAACAGGCUCUGGAUAUAUGCACAGAAAUCCAAGGCUUCCUCCACAGCAAGCAUCCUGACAUGCCUCUUGGGGAAAUGCACCUUGGUGGCUCCCUGCUGGAUGAUCUUCAGGUUGUGUCUGCUGACCACGCCUGUCUCCUUGUGCCUUUGCAAAUCGAGGACGUGCUUUGGAAGCUAAUCCCAGGUGAGGAAACAAUCCUAGGUAGACCAGAGUUCUGGAUGGUCCGCCGGAUAAACCUGGAGUACUUUCCCCGUGGCCGUAGUUUCUGGGACAGGUUCAUGGUAGGGGGUUACCUCUCUUCCAAGACGAUAGUUGAGGUCCUGAACAAGUCUGUGAUGGAGACGAUGAACUGGCCCUCCCUCAGCAGCACACUUGAUUGUGUGAUCAGACCAGUGAUGGGGUCCCAGGAGCUGAAGCUUGAGAUUAAGAAUGGGCACAGCCAGCUGUUCAUCAGCAUCUUGCCUACCAUACGCUUGAAUGAGACUGUUCUGACUGCCCAAAUGGAGUUCACUGGGAACUUUGACAAUGUUUGGUACCACAGUCUUUACACUGCUGAAACCACCAAGCUUGCCCAAUUGGACGAAGAGGACCAUGGUAUCCGAAAACUCUGUUUAAAAAUCCUCAAGGCAGUGUGCAAAAAUUGCCCCUCAUUGAAGAAGCUCACCGGGGCACACCUAGCAAAUGUCAUUUUGCAUCUCAGUGAGAAGGAAUAUGAUUGGACAGAGGCUGCUUUGGCUGAUAGAUUCCAGCAGGCCAUCACUGAGAUGAUUGGGUAUUUAGAAAUAGGUUGUCUUCCCAGCUACUUCAAGCAGACAAUAAAUUUGCUAUCCGAUUUUACUGAAGAAGAGAUUGAUGAAAUUGGUUUUAUGCUGUACUGUGCUGUAUCUGAUCCAGAAAUACUGUUGCAAAUGUAGAUGUAACUUUUCUUCAAAAUAUGUAAUUAUGAUCACAGCAAUACCACGAUAAAUAUACCAGUAUGGUACUGAUACUGUGAAGUGUAAGCAAUUAAGAUAUCUAGCUAAAUCUCAGAAAUAAGCAGAAAAAAACUAUGCAGAGGCUCUCGUGAAACAUAAUUUACAUAAUUAUUAUUAGAGCAGCAUUGGGACUUUCAGCUUCUUUCAUUUUUCACUUCUGUUUCCAUUAUAGACUGGGCACAUAAUCCAAAUCAGUUUUAUGUUUUCCUUUUUUGGGAGAGUAGAGGGGGUUGAUUCAAAGGAAAAAGGCCAUUAGAAGAUACUGGCUGUUGGCAGUUUUCUGCAUCAUUAAGUGGUAACCUAUAAAAUGGAUUUAGAAGAAAAUUAGAAUAGUGUAGUAAAAUAUUUUUGUACAUGUACAUAGAACUCUGUAGAAUUAAUUUGUAUUUUCUGUAAAUAGUAAAUUUUUUGAAGACUAGAAAAUAUUUUAAUCCUGUAUGCUCAUGACUUUGUACACUGCAUAAUAUGGUUGCUGUGCUCAGGAAAGUCUAAGCUCUCAGCCCUGUGAUGGCAGGACAUGAUGGAUCUGAUCAACCUUGAUCAUGUUGUUGAACUGUAUUCUUCAAUAAAGUUAUAUUUGUA